UCUACAGGAGUGCUCCUCAAUCUCGCCGAACUCAUCUAAAAAUUCUCGCGGAACCCUGAUGAAUCGCCUCUCCCGAUUUCCGAUCGCCAUGGACGGGAUCGACCUGGCGCUCGCACGGGCGCAGGAGGAGCACCGCAAGCUGGAGGGCGCCUUCGACACCGACCUCUACGGCGCCACCGGCAACCGCUUCGACGGCUACGUCACCUCCAUCCCGGUAUCCGGGGAUGAUGAGGACGAUCUAUCCGCCGCCAGCCCCACCCUGGUUCCUCGCCUCGCGUCAUACACGGGCUACGACGCCGCCCUCCCCAGCGACCACGAAGACCACGCCACCAACGGCAAGUCACGGCGCAUCAUCGACCGCGAGGACGAGUAUCGGCGCCGCCGCCUCCACCGCUACUUAUCGCCCGACCGCCACGACGCCUUCGCCGCGGGGGAGGCCACCCCGCACCCGUCCGUGCGGACCUACGCCGACGCCAUGCGCGAGAACAGGCUGCAGCAUCGCAAGGAAGAGGUUCUGCGUGAAAUCGCUAAAAUCAAGGCAGAGAAGCCGCCGGUGAAGCGACGCGGCAGGUGGGAUGCUACCGCCGCCGCCGGGGCCAACACCGCUAGCUCAGCUUGGGACGACGACGACGAUGCCCCUGAUGCUGCGACACGGAAGAAGCAAAGGUCGAGAUGGGAUGACGACGAGACACCCAAGAAGCAGAGGCCGAGAUGGGAUGACGAGACACACAAGAAGCAGAGGUCGAGAUGGGACGAUGAGACAACGGAGGCGAGUAUGGAGACGCCACUCGGAGCAGAGCAUCUUGCUACGCCCACGCCAGCAGCUAGCCAGAUUGCUGCCUGUGGCUCAACGACGACUCCGGAGCUGUACCAGUACUUGCCGUGGAAGCGAGACAUCGAGGAGCGCAGCAGGCCUCUCUCCGAUGACGAGCUCGACGGCAUGUUCCCGCAGAAGGGGUACAAGAUCCUCGAGCCUCCAGCUUCGUACCAGCCCAAACGCAACUCGGCAAGGAGAAUCCUUGCUACCACGCCGACUCCUCUGUACACGCCGUUAUAUGCUGUUCCGGAGGAGUACAGAGUGCAACUCAGAUUUCUGUGGCAGAUGUAAUUGAGUGUGCGCAAUCAGUAGGAGCGUAGGUAACUAAAUUCAGGUUAUUGCAUCUGCUUCAGAAAAAUAGAGUUGCACUUCCGGACUUGAUUGCAAGACCUAAUCAAUUGGAGGA